AUUCAACCAUCGAAAAAUUGCCAAAAUCUCAUAAAGCUAUUUAAAUUACGGAAAUUACGAAAUCAAUUUUGUAUUACGAUGUUGAGAGAAUGCGAAAAAUGAUGUUUUAAAUAAAAAAAAGUUAAUGGAGGAGAGAAAAAAAAUUAAAAUUUAUGGUAUUUUUUAAAUUUAGUUUUUUACAGAGCACAAUGUCAUCUUCUAUAGCGACGAAACGUAAAUACGUUUUCCAAGAAUUUGAAGAUAUGAGCCUUCCCACGGAUUCGCAAACCAUCGUACGAAUCGUUCAAGCCCGCGGCCAUAAUCUUCACGAAGUUGUUACUCCCUCCGGAGAGCAAUUCAUCGUCUCGAUGCCUACCAAAUUCAGACAGAAUAUCUGGGUAAAGAGAGGUGACUAUAUUGUUAUCGAGCCAAUCAAGGAAGGGAAAAAGGUUAAGGGCGAAAUUGUCAAGAUACUCACAAAAGAUCACAUAAAAUCGUAUCGUGCACAGAAUUGUUGGCCACCGGAAUUCGAUGAAGAUCCAAAAAGAAACGGACAAUCGAUAACAACGAAUUAUACUACAUGUGACGAUGAAGAGCUCUUUGUAAAUACGAAUAGAUACUGCGCUCAUCAGGAAAUAGACGAUAGUGAAAGUGAUUCCAACAUUAACAGCAUGCAAGCGUUGCCCCAGAAUUCAUAUGACCGAAACGCUUCCCGUUAAACGUGAUACCUUCGCUUGUAUUCACAACCAGAAGGAAGUGUGCACUUUCCAAAAAAAUCUAUCUCCUGUUACAGUUCCGGUGAAUGAGCUUCAAGGUAAUUCGAUAUAAAGAGUAAUCGUACCGUCACAAUCAAUAAUAUUAUACACUGGCGCAAAAAUAUUACUACCCCAUACUAACUAUAUAUAAUUUACGAUUUCUGGUGUAAUCUCGCAGCAGUAAUUAAUUCGCAUUAUAUUCCAAGAACCAAUUUUGCGCUCAGGAAUGUUGAUGCUGCAGAUAAAAGAAAAGAAAUAAUUACUCGCUCUGAUGAUCAGAAGCUUUGCGCGGCGUACCUAUUCAUAGAGAGAAGAGAAAUAAACGGACUGGAAGAACGUACUUCGGAAUACAGAUUUGUAUAUCGCCGAGGGUUUACACAACCCUUUUCGGAGUAUAACCCCGGAUGCGAAAACCAGCCCCGUCGUUUUUCCUCCUCUCGCUUCUUCCUCUCCCUCCCCCUUCCCCCC